AUGGUUGUCUUCAUUCUCCACAUUUCCACUCAUUUUGCUCAUUCAAAAUCGUUUCUUUCCUCUUUACCAAGAAGAGCUCCACGAAUUAGAGGUAUUGUGAUCAUAACUAAAAUGGCGAGUGAAGCACCGAGUUGGGCGGAUCAAUGGGGGACCGGAGGAAUUGGAGUGAUGGCGGCAGAGGAGGAAACCACUAACGGCAAGAAAGACGCCGCCGGGAAGAAGUCCGGCAAGGCCAAAGCAGGGUUUAACAGAGCGAAGCUGGUUGCAUUUAUUGGUGUCAAUUGGAUGAAAAAUCUUGUGCAGAGGAAAAAGUCAUAA